AAAGAAAAGCUUUUAGACUCUCUCUCUCUCUCUCUCUCUCUCUCUCUCUCAUUCAUGGGUCUCUCUAUAGUCUACUUGGAAAUGCAGCGUAGAGGGAGAGGAGGAUUCAACGUGGGAUUUUGAUUUAUGUGUUUGAGUUAUUCUUGGAUGAUACCAAAUGGGUUUUGUUUAAUUUUCAUGAGGAGGUGAAUUGGUGAAGAAUUUUGUUGUUAAUUUGGAGCUGUACGUGGUCCUGUUAAAAUGGGGGCCAUUAUUUGGAAGGGGAAUGUGUUGGUGAUUUUGUUGUUAUCUCUUUGGUUGGGAGGAUUUUGUGAUGAAGAUGCAGCAGUGUAUAUUGUGAGACUGAAGCAGGCCCCUGUGGCUCAUUACUAUAGUGAUUUGAAGAGGUUUGGGAGCAGUGGAAUUAAUGUUGAAGACUCUGCCACUUUGAAUAUCCUCAACAAGCCAAGGAAUACUUCAACAAGAUACACAAAUUACAAGUCGUAUCUUAUUCGGCUUCAGAAUUCAGUAUUGAGGAGAGCAUUAAGAGGGGAACACUAUCGAAAACUCUAUGGCUAUCAUUAUUUGGUUAAUGGGUUUGCUGUUCUUAUUACUCCUCAACAGGCAGAAAAGCUCUCUAGAAGGAAAGAAGUAGCAAAUAUUGUUUUAGACUUCGCGGUUAGGACAUCAACCACCUAUACCCCCGAAUUCCUCGGCUUACCGCAAGGAGCUUGGGCUCAAGAAGGUGGACCCGAACUAGCUGGCGAGGGCGUCGUGAUUGGUUUUAUUGAUACCGGAAUUGAUCCGACCCAUCCAAGCUUUGCUGAUGGCCUUUCUACAAAUCAUUAUUCUGUUCCGUCCCACUUUUCGGGUAUUUGUGAAGUUACACGGGAUUUUCGAUCCGGUUCCUGUAACAAAAAGCUUGUGGGGGCUCGCCAUUUUGCAGCUUCUGCAAUAACCAGGGGGAUCCUCAAUGCUUCUAUGGAUCAUGCUUCACCAUUUGAUAGUGAUGGCCACGGAACACAUACGGCAUCCAUUGCAGCAGGAAAUCAUGGGAUUCCCGUUAUUGUGGCUGGGCAUCACUUCGGGACUGCGAGCGGCAUGGCCCCUCAUGCACACAUUGCUGUUUAUAAAGCUCUUUACAGAAGCUUUGGAGGCUUUGCUGCUGAUGUUGUUGCUGCCAUAGACCAGGCAGCUGAAGAUGGUGUUGAUAUAAUAAGCUUUUCCAUCACUCCAAAUCGACGCCCUCCUGGAAUAGCAACAUUCUUCAAUCCUAUAGAUAUGGCAUUGCUUUCGGCAGUAAAAGCCGGAAUAUUUGUCGUGCAAGCGGCAGGAAAUACUGGGCCUUCGCCCAAAAGCAUGUCCUCCUUUAGCCCGUGGAUUUUUACUGUCGGUGCUUCUUCUCAUGAUAGGAUCUAUAAUAAUUAUCUGGUACUAGGCAACAAUCUAACCAUUUCAGGAGUGGGACUUGCUCCUGGAACAGUUGGUGAUUCUAUGUACACUCUCAUUGCUCCAAAUCAUGCCCUAAAGAAUGAUACAACUAAUGCAAAUGAUAUGUAUUUGGGAGAAUGCCAGGAUUCCACUCCUUUGGACCAGAAAUUGAUUAAAGGAAAGCUAUUGAUUUGCAGUUAUUCUGUUCGAUAUGUACUCGGUCUAUCCUCUGUCAAACAAGCUUUGCAUACAGCGAAGAAUGUUAGUGCAACUGGAGUUAUAUUCUACUUGGAUCCAUUUGUUAUUGGGUUUCAACUGAACCCUACUCCGAUGCAUAUUCCAGGGCUCAUAAUACCAUCUUCUGAUGACUCUAAGGUUUUCCUUAAGUACUACAAUAGUUCCUUAGUGAGAAACGAGGGAUCAAAAAGAAUUAUCACUUUUGGUGCUGUCGCCAAAAUACUGGGUGGUCUUAAGCCCAAUUACAGUAAUUCUGGGCCACAAGUGAUGUAUUAUUCGGCAAGGGGGCCAGAUCCCGAGGACAGCUCAUUAUCUGAUGCUGAUAUUCUGAAACCCAAUUUAAUAGCCCCUGGUAAUUUUAUAUGGGGAGCUUGGAGUUCGCGUGGUACGGACUCUUCUGAAUUUCAAGGUGAGAAAUUUGGGAUGAUCUCUGGAACAAGUAUGGCCGCUCCCCAUGUAGCUGGAAUCGCUGCUUUAAUCAAACAGAAGUUUCCGGAAUUUAGUCCUGCAGCAAUAGGUUCUGCAUUAUGCACAACUGCCACACAGUAUGACAGGCAAGGUGGGCCGAUCAUAGCCCAGCGGACUUAUAAUAGCCCGGAUUCGGCCCAAUCACCUGCUACACCCUUUGACAUGGGCUGCGGCCUCGUGAAUGCUACCGCCGCUUUAGACCCUGGAUUGAUUUUUGAUUCUGGUUAUGAUGACUUCUUCUCCUUUCUUUGCGGCAUCAAUGGGUCAGGUCCCGCGGUGCUGAAUUAUACAGGCAAUAGCUGUGGAACUCCCACCAUUAACAGCGCAGAUUUAAACCUCCCUUCUAUAACUAUAGCAGUACUCAAUCAAUCGAGAACGGUUGUACGAACCGUCACCAAUAUAGCAAAUGAUGAGACCUACAAUCUUUAUUGGAGUGCUCCUUAUGGAGUAUCAGUUGCGAUAACGCCCACUCGGUUUUUCAUCCAAAAAGGCCAAAAGCAGAAGAUGACUUUUAUUAUAAAUGCCAUUAUGAAUAGCUCCUCUGCGAGCUUCGGGAAAGUCGGGUUCUACGGGAGCCAAGGCCAUAGGUUCUAUUUUCCAUUAAGUGUCAUCUCGAAGAUUAUAUACAACACUACUAUAACCUGACAUGAUUUCCUUUUCUCAGUGAUUUUGGUGUAUAUUUUGGAGCAUCCUGAUGUAAUUAGAAGAGUGGGUGAUCAAUAAUUUUACGGAUGUACUUUUACCUCGGCUCGAUGAACAGAAUCCUUUUAACAAGCGAUCCUUCGGUUGAUCUUAUUCAACAGGAAUCACUUAUUAUGUGUUUGAUUACAUUGCUACAAAUGUAUCGAUACGUCGUGCACGUGAUUGUUAAUCUUAGAGGUGCCAAUUAUGACAUA